UCAGCUCUUUGUUGCUAUGACAACGGUGUCAGACAAAACAUACCUCCAAAUCUAUCAAAACUGCCAUAAAAUUAAAUAGAGUUGCUUCUCUCUGCUACUUCAGCGAUCUAAAUUUCAUCCAACUUAAUAAUUUCACUGAGAGGUCAUUAAAAAAAAAAGAAGUAAAUAAACAAAAAUGUAUUUUUAAAUAUGUCCCCAACAUUUUGAACAAAUUUCCAGUCGAAGGAAACCCUGAAUUUAUGUAUUUGGCAAUGCUUGAUGUGCGUGAAAUUGGAGAUUGAUGAAAGUUGGCUGUUUCGUAAACAUUAAUUUGGUAAAAAAAAAUUAUUUCGUUUUGCUAAGCCAUGGAAAACCCUUUAAUGAUACUACAAGAAAUACUCAUGAAAACUCAGCAUGUACAACAAGCUGCUAUUGUUGAUGCCAGAAGCAAUAUGGUGAAGGCUUCUUCAAUUGGUUUUACUUUGGAUUAUGAAGCACUUGCAAAUUUUCAAUUUGCUUUCAAAAACCCAAUGCUGAUCAGAGAAAGGGGACUGGAAUACAAUAAAAUGCUGUAUACUGUAGUCCGAGCAGAACCUGAUGUAGUUUAUGCAAAAUUGGAUAAAAGAGGGAUUGUCUUGGUAAAAACUAACACAUUCAUUGUUGUAGCUACUUACAUUGAAGGCAUGUAUCCUAGUGUAUGUGUUGAAGCUGUUGAAAGGUUAGCUGAUUACCUGAAAUUCAAGAAUAAAUGAAGUUCUAAAGAGAUAAAUAAGAAAGAAGAAAAAAAAGCAAAAAACUCAAUCAGAAUAAGGAACCAUAAAAUUAGUCAUUGUCUACUCUUGUUUCAGUCUGUCUUAUUACAAGAAACGUUUCUGUGGAACAAGACAUCAAUUUACUCUUUUCUGCCAUGCAACUGCUUGUGUCUGUUAAUUUCUUUUCCUUUAUCUCUGUAACAUUUCUCAUUCUCUUAUGUCUGUGGCAUUAAAAAAACUUAUUUUUCAUGAAAAUAAAAAAUACACCACUAACUUUUAAGCACAUCCACAUGCACAACAUUACCUCUACAAUAUGUGUUAACUGAAACCUUGUUUUAAUGGAUGUUGUAAUUGAAUAUUGUUACUUUUUCCCCUAUGUGAAUCACAGUUUUAUUUAAACCUCUAAAUAUUGUUUAACUACAUUGGAUUAGAGUACCACAUCAGUUGGCAGAGCUCUAUCUUUUGACCUUUUGGCGGUAUAUAAAGAAAAAAGAACUUAUAUGCAAAAUGGAGACAAAUCACCACAAUUUUUUUAAAGUGGAACAUUUGAAAACUGUGAACUGUAAAUGCAUGAAACCUAAGGUAGUGACAAAAAAUCCACAAAUAAAGAAAGUAUGUAUCCACCAA